AUGUCGAUCAAGACGAGAGCGAGCAGGCUCGAUGCGAGGAAGGUGGGGAGACUCUGUAUUCGGACUGCUCAGGUAUGUUUGCCCAUCUUGUGUAGUGGUCGGGAGCUGACGUCGUCGUCGCGUGACGGGACUGUGCAGGUCAUUUGCGGCGUGCACCUCUUUAACGAGUACAUCGCCGAGAUUCGUCCCGUGAGGUCUUCGUCUUGAGUACAAGUCGCUGUCAUUGUCCCACUCAACAAUGUCGAAUUUCCUCCCCAGUGCUCCGGAGCAUCGAUGUACCCGACUCUAUCCCAUCGAGGCAACUACAUCCUCAACUCUCCUCUCCUUCUCCGUCUAUCCCCCCCAACCCGAGGCACCCUCGUCUCCGCCAUCUCACCCUUGGACCCGUCCCACCAAAUCCUCAAACGCGUCAUUGGUGUCCCAGGGGAUAGCAUAUGCGUCGACCCGAGCGGGGAACGAAGGUUGGGCAAAGUCGAGUAUUGCAAGGUCCCGAAAGGACAUGUUUGGUUGGCCGGGGAUAAUAUGAGCAACUCGACGGAUUCGAGAGAUUAUGGACCCGUCCCGCUGGGGUUGUUGAGAGGGAAGGUUGUGGCUAGGGUAGGUUUUCUUUUUCGAGGAUACUUGGCGGGAAGUGGGAUUACGUUGGGGGAGAAGGAUUUUUGAGCUGAUGCGGUUGAACGUCUUCAUUUGUUGCGGUGCACCAGGUCUGGCCCAACCCGGGAUGGUUGAAACCCAACGUACGACCGGUUGAUCACAUUUGA